UGUCUUAGAGUUGAUACAAAACUGUCUCUUAAUGAAAAUCUGAAACCACAGUGGAAAUAAACUACUGAACAUUGAAUACAAGAGCAACAUCAUGCCAGAAAACAUGAAAUUAUCCCAGAAGCUAGUUUGUUCCCUGACCAAGUAUUUCAUGCUCACUCAAGUUGUUUAUGAGGAGGAAACAAUUUGGGCUAAAUGUACCAGGGAGGUAUGGGGCCAUCAAACAUAUUUUAUUUGUAGGCACUGGCUGGCAGCCAUACCUACAUGUUUAUUGCUUUGCCUGAGGCCAUUUCAAGUUUAACAUUAUAGUUUGACCUAUAUAGUUUGAUAUGAUUGUGAAAUAAGAUUAAUCAUCUUUAUUACCAUGUUACUAGGAACUGAAAGUCUGUAAAGGUAGUUUGGAAAGUCAGAGGAGUUCUGAGUUUCUGUACUACUGAAAUCUUUGUUUGUACAGAGUGAUUUUGCUGUAUGGUUUAUAUGCAUUUUCACUUAUUUGCUGAGUAAACAUGAAAGACAGAUUUUCCUCACACUCCUCUGUGCUGGUUUAUGCAGAGACUAUGGAUGUAACACCAACACUCCUCUGAGAGGGAUCUGUGGGUAGUAAUGUCAAAACAGUGAGUUGGAUGAACCCUUGAUCUGAACCAGCAUGACUGCUAUGUUCACAUAUCCUACAGUGAUCAUAAAUCAGAAUAAAAUAUUCCACUUCUUCCCAGAAAAAAGCCAAAAGUUUGUUUUCUUGGAAUAGUGUGACUUGUCCAUUUGAAAUAGUUCUACCUCCUUUCUAUCACAUAAGUAUUAGUUCAGUCAUUGGACAAUCUUUUGCCUACUUUUUUUCAAAAUUUCAUUGGAAAUGGUGUUUGGCUUGCCCAGCAGCCUGGAAAUUGGCAAUUGUCUAUUUGGAUCUAAGAGACAGUAGUGAUUUGAAGUUGUUGACUUUUUUUGCCUGGCAUUAACCAUGCACAUUUAUUUGUCUGGCACGGCAAAUAGGAAUGAAGGCUAUUGUUGGUUUGGGGGAAGCCAUGAGCUUCUGUGGCUCCCAUCUCAUCCUGUUGUGUAGGAAUGGAGAACUGUAGGAACAGAUCCUGCUGGUUUGUUGGUGUUUUGCAGAGCUUUAAUGGCUCAGGUGAGCUUCUGGAGUCAGUCCCUGAGCUCUUCAGGCAGGCCAGGAAAUGCGCCGUGAACAAUGAACGCUUUUCUUUUGUGUGUUUAAGAAAAUUCUUAAAAAGCCUCAUAAGGAAGCAGCCUCGGGACCUUCUCCUGGUAAUUGGGACGGGGGUGAGUGCUGCAGUAGCCCCGGGAAUCCCAGCACUCUGCUCCUGGAGGAGCUGCAUUGAGGCUGUCCUUGGAGCAGCCGAGCAGCUGGAGGUGCUGCACCCCGGGGAUGUCGCUGAAUUCCGUAAGAAAGUAAUGAAGGAGAGAGACCUGCUUGUGGUUGCACAUGAUCUCAUCAGGAAGAUGUCACCACGUACCGGGGACACGAAGCCCAACUUCUUCCAGGAUUGUUUAAUGGAGGUGUUCGACAAUUUAGAACAACACAUUCAGAACCCUGUGGUUCUGCAAUCCAUCCUGAGGCUCAUGGAGAGAGGCACAAUGGUUCUGACUACAAACUAUGAUAACCUGCUUGAAAUAUUUGGUCAGCAACAGGGUAAACCUAUGGAAUCUUUAGACCUUAAAGAUAAGGAUAAGGUUCUUCAGUGGGCAAGGGGCCAUAUAAAAUACGGAGUUCUUCAUAUUCACGGCUUAUAUACAGAUCCCUGUGGAAUGGUGCUUGACCCCUCGGGAUACAAAGAUGUUACUCAAGAUCCUGAAGUCAUGGAGGUUCUUCAGAACUUGUACCGAACCAAGUCUUUUUUGUUUUUGGGCUGUGGAGAGACUCUGCGUGACCAGAUAUUCCAAGCUCUUUUUCUUUACACAGUAAAGAACAAAGUGGAUCUAGAACAUUACAUGUUGGUGCUUAAAGAAAAUGAAGACCACUUUUUUAAGCUCCAGGCAGAUAUGCUGCUGCAUGGAAUAAAAGUAGUGUCCUAUGGGGACUGCUUCCAACAAUUCCCAGAAUAUGUCCAGGAUCUGACUGCUCAAAUCUGCAAAGAGAAAAGUCCAGAUGCUGAUCAGGUGGACAGCACAACACUGUUGGGAACAUCAUGUGUGGACUGUGCUAAAAGGAAGUUAGGAGAAAGUGGCACUGAUUCUCCCAAGAGGGUCAAGCAGUCAGAUAUGCCCACUCUUGAAUGAAAAAACCCCAAACACCCAAGGCCCACCCCAGAAGCUUUUUAACAGCAGGUGUUUUACAUCAGCUGUGUGGAAAGUUUUGAGCUGGUACUGUAAUGAUUUUGAGCAGAAUAAAAAUGUACAUACAUUUUGAGCAGAA